AUACUGGGGGAUGCCCAACCUUGUUAGCGCCUCAUUUUCAAAGAAUAGCAGCCUUUGACCUGGAGCUAAAGCUAAUGCUACAUACAUCGGUUCGAGAAGUACGGCAGGAGGGUUGUUAGCCAAGAAGGGCUUGCUGGCAACUGAACCCGACGCUUGACGUUUAACGUUAAUGGGUUACUUAUAGGAUGCAUUGUGUGAUUCCCAGCGUAGACAUAUAUAUUUGUACUGACAGCUGUAUAAUGCAUGUUUUGUGUUAUUUAAUGUUGGUGGACACUUCUCCCUCCACUGGAACAUGAUACCUCGUCGAACAAAGAGACGUGGACCUCAAUGUAAGAGAUAAAUGGGACAGCAGCCCCUUGUAUUAUGCCUGUCUCUGUGGCCACGAGGAGCUUGUCCAGUACCUACUGGCAAGUGGUGCCAAAUGUGAGGCCAACACAUUUGAUGGCGAGCGGUGCCUGUACGGCUCAUUGAACGACUCAAUCCGACGACUGCUCAAAGAGUACAAGUGUGUCAGUGUCCGCGCCAUGCAACGGGAUGAUUUUAACUACUUCCUGCACAUGUUGUUGGAGCAGGGACAACACAGUGACAUCCAGUUCCUCGUUCAUGGACAGACCUUCACGGCCCAUCGUUGUGUUCUCUGUGCACUGUCGGAGUACUUCACGGAAAUGUUUGCGACGAAAUGGAAGGACAAAACCUUGAUCAUCCUCAAACAUCCUCUGAUAAACCCUGCAGCCUUUGGAGCCAUCCUGCAAUAUUUAUAUACAGGACGUAUGGAUGUUGAUGUGAGCCUUGUAGAUGACUGCAGACGACUUGCUAAGCAGUGCAAAAUGACAUAUCUCAUUGAGGAGCUGCAGAUCAAAUGCAAACAGGUGUAUGAAUUUGUUUCCAACAAGCCAGGUAUCUGUGUGAAGGUUCUCAGCCUAGAGCCUCACAGCUGCCAGCUGCAGGAGGACUUGGCCCAGUUGGCAGACUGUGCAAUGCCUCAGCAGCUCAGAGUUGGAUUUGGGGAACUUCCCUUUAACAAGGUGGACCACUUGCCCACCUAUCCUGACGUGUGCUUUAGAGUCGAUGGCUAUGAUUUCUUGUGUCAUAAGGCAUUUUUCUGUGGACGGAGUGAUUACUUUAAAGCUUUACUGGAGGACCACUUCAGCGAGGGAGAGCAACUUCUACACCAGCCCAGCACACCAGUGAUAACUCUGCACAACAUCUCCCAUCAGAUCUUCAUCCACAUCAUGUAUUACAUCUAUAGCAACGACACACAGCUCACACGGGACAACGUGUUCGACAUCCUUUGUAUGGCUGACAUGUACCUGCUGCCGGGGCUGAAACGCUUGUGCGGGAAGACCCUCGCCCAGACCAUAUGUGAGGACAACGUUCUGUACUUGUGGAAGACGGCCAAGCUCUUCCGGCUCUCUCGGCUGGAGGAUCAGUGCACAGAGUUCAUGGCCAAAAUAAUUGAGCUGCUGGUGGAGAAGGAGGAGUUUGCUGAGAUGGUCAAGGAGGAUGCUGCUUUGCUGGAGAAGCGACACGAGACCGACUCCGUCCCUCUGGUGGAUGACAUCCGUUACCACAUCGCCAGCAACGUGCAGACGUACAGCGAGAUCGAGGAGGCCAAUCAGAAGCUGGAGGCCUUGGAGGAGCUGCUGUCCAGCAUUGAUAUUGACUGCUGAAGGUUUGAAGGGCUGGGUGCUAUUUGCAUGGGAAAGAACGUUUGUUUCUGUGGGUUUGUAAAUGUAUUUAAUCUCCAGCGUAUUGUUACAGUAGAUCUAUUUAUCUUUUCAAGGCGCCCCAUAUUUGUGUUUUAAACUUUCUUCAACAUUAUUAAGCACAUUAUUCGACAUACUUGCGUCUUUGCUUGCAAAAUUCUAUUUUUUUGCAAAUACUUCAUGAUUAGUUUAAACAUUUAAACUAAUUUGACCUCUAAAUAGUUUAGCAACCAGAUUAUAAAUGGCAACUGCUUUCAGUGCAAUUUGAUUUUUAAUCCUAAAUUAAAUUCAUAUCAUUUUAUAUUUUUAUACUGUUUUAAUAUUUUUAAGUACUGACUGCCCGAUAGGAUAAGGAAGGUAAAUCUACCACUUGAAAAGCGAGUUUUGUUUUGUCACAGCUUUGUCUCUUGGUAAAACAAUGUAUUCUUGGUUUGGGGAAAUAAAUAUUCUCUAUUGCAAAAAAUGGAACUGAGCGUUUUUAGUCUUGAUGUACUGUAGUUCAAAUGUAUACCAACAGAUGACGCUGUUUCUCAGCUUUUUGGUAGCGCUGCAUUAAAGAAGACAGCUGCUACAUGAAAGUGCUUUGAAAAAUACAGUUGGUCCAACAUUUGUAACAAUAUACAUUACAUUUAAAUGAUUUAAUUUCCCUGAGAUUUACCUAAACCUGAAGCAGCCUUUAUUUCUUGUUCAGGUUGAGUUUUAGAUCAGCGGCUGUGAUUAGGCCACAAGUACAGUUUCCACAAGUGUCAGUGAACGAAACUCUUGGAUUCAAGGCGCAUUAAAACCAGAAUAAACAGCACCAUUAGUUAUCAUCUCAGCCAAGGCUUGACUCUCGUCAAAUGUUUUAUAGUUGCUAUGCAACUCAGAUGGGUUUGGUCGAAGGUGAUAAGGGUCUGAUUUAUUAGCUCUUCACAGAUAAGUAUUUAUGCAUUGCUUAUAUUUAUUAUACUUGCUCUAUUGUGAUGUAAUAUAAACCAACCUACUUCUAUACAACUGCAGAAGAAAGGACUAUGUGGUCAUUUUUAUAGCUGUAUAACUUCAGUGUUUGUACACUUUGCAUGCAUUAAUUGCACAUAGUAUGGUUGUAUUUAUUUUCCGUUACAUAUAACCCUUCCCCUAGUGUACUUUUACCUCAUCUUUGUCAAAUAAUUCCCUUUAUGAAACUGUUUAUUGUUAAAUUAAUACAGGUAUGCUAUAACUCAAAUCACAUCACGUACCAAUGUGUCAUGACAUUUACCAAAGAGUCUGCACUAGCAUCUAUUUAAACUGCUAUAUUUAGUUUUCCCCGUUACCAAAACAUGGCUCACAUUCUCUGUCGCAUGUCCAGUACUGUCCUGAAUAAUGUAUUGCACUGACAAUUUCCAUGUGUUUCCAGACAAAAAAUUACUCAAAGAGGGCAGCAAAGGAUAACAUCUCUUGGCUCCUGACUCAUGCAUCUGCGUGACUCAGAGAGUCUUCACAGUGACAUCUGUCUCCUUGUAUAUACUGUAUGAAUAUGCAAGGUUACAAAUUCAAUUGGAACAGCUCUGUAGUGCACUCAUUUCUGCAAUAUCACAAUGUGCAUCAUCUGCCUUCAUUUGAGCUGGAUUCCGUACAGUCAGAGACAUGAAUGUGCCUUUAGGGGUACAGAGGCUUGCCACUAGUCCAUUCAAAGGUCCUUUACACCAUUCACACUUGACUGAGCCAUAAAAGAUCCAAUCAGGACCUAGUUGGGAAUUUUGCUCAUAGUUGAAAAUAAAUUUAGGGAGUGAUUCACCGUGAUGCCGGGGUGGGCAACCAUUUUGGGUUCUAAAAUUUGGUUGGGGGGGCUGGGCUAUAUACGUAUAUGUAUAUACAGAUGUAUAGACAGUGGUGUAAAAAAAGUAUUUGCCUUCCUGAUUCCUUUUUUUUUGUGCAUGUCACACUUAAAUGUUUCAGAUCAUCAAACUAAUUGAAGCUAAACUUACCAUUCAAAAUUGCCGUUUUUGUCCAUUUCUGCUCAGUAUUUGUUCCCCCUUGUGCCUCGUUAAUUGCGUGUCAAAAAAAAUAGUGGCGUUAAAGGGAAUUUCCAUUAACACGUUAUUAACGCGUCAACUUUGCCAGCCAUAUACACAUAUCCAGGAAGAACUCCGAGAAUGUUUUGUUCUUAUUCCAGUAGCCAGUAUCCUGGUUCCCCAUCACCUGGCGCUGACCUUGUUGAAGCGGGUAACUUCUGAGCCGGUAUGACCCUUAUCAUUUGUUGAAUCGCUCAUGUGAGGUGUCGGCAUGUAGCGUGAAGGGUCUUUUCUAAGGACCCCCCUGGGUGUUAUCACCAGCAGGGUGUAAGACGCUGGGCAUACAUGGAGCAGCACAACCAGGUAGCAGGAAUAGUUUACCGGAACAUCUGUACGAAAUACGGACCGGAGGUCCAAGAAUCAAAAUGGCAGACACCACCAAAGGUGGUUGGUUGAGAACAACCAGGCCAAGAUCCUGUGGGACUUCCAUGUCCAGACUGACCAACUGGUGAUGGCCAGCCAGCCCAACAUAGUGGUGGUGGAUAAACAUCAGAAGACAGCAGUGAUGAUGGAUGUAGCAAUCCCGAAUGAAUGCAACAUCCUGAAGAAGGAACACGGAAAGCUGGAGAAAUACCAACGGCUGAAGGAAGCACUAGAGAAAAUGUGAGGUGUGAAGGAAACAGUGGCGCAGUGGUGAUCAGGUAACUCUCAAGCUGGGUGGAUGGCUACAGCAAAUACCAGGAACAUCAUCUGACAUCUCGGUCCAGAGGAGCGCAAUACUGGCACCCUCAGCCUCCCUGGCCUCCGGUAAAAGACCCGAGCUUGAAGGAGAUACCGCCUGGGUGGAUGAGAAAACUAUAUACAGUAUACACUAAGUCCCCAACUAACGAACACAAUUGGUUCCAGACGACCGUUCUUAAGUCGAAUCGUUCUUAAGUCGGGAAAAAGGUAAUAUUAGCAAUGAUAUAGGUACUACAUGUACGUGUAUACAUAUACAGCAUAUGCGUAUGUAUGUAAAUAUGAGUUUGGAUGCAGUAGUAAUAUUAAACAAGGAUAAUUAAUGAAAAAAACAAUAAUAAAAGUGAUAUAAUAAUACGUAAUGAUAAAUGUUAUUUACCUUUGAAGAGGAGUGACCGAGGACAAGGACAAAUUGUCGUCGUUAGGCUCUUCUAAAAGAGGUAGUGUUCCGUGGGUGGUGUAGAAUUAUAAGCAGGCCUAUUAACUCUUCAUAAACUUUAAUCACAAGCUGUGCCGGGUUGCAUCGUACAGCUACAAUUUAGCUUCCAUGUCUUCUUUACACUCUCUCCCCACCGUCCUCCGCUACCUGCUGGUCCCAUUAGCAGUGUCACGGGGCCCUCUACUGGUCAAGCAGGUAGCAGUAUAAAUAUGGAGUUACUACAAGGCAAAAUAUAUGCACAGCUAAAAUUUUGCUUUUCUUCAGUCUCCUCCCACUGGUCUUAAUCGCCUGUUGGUCCCAUUAGCAGUGUCACAGUGCCCUCUACUGGUCAAGCAUGUGAAAUAUGGACUUAAAUAUAAAUAAUUAUGGGCUUAUAAGGCAAAACACAUGAAAAAAUAGACCAGUUGGCUUGUGUUCUUGUCUCUGAUGUUUGUUAGUAGGGGACUUAGUGUAUACUGUAUGUGUGUGUGUGUGUAUAUAUAGAGCGAGAGAGAGAGCGAGCGUGAGAGAGAUUUUUUUUUUAACAACUGAAAAAGUUGGGCAAGCUGGAUUAAAAAGCUUAACGGGCUGUAUCAUUUUUUUUUUCAAUACAAGUAAAACCAAGCACAAUUUGAUGUGGAAGUACGGUCAGCCAGUAAGGAUCACUGCUGUGCAGCACUGAAUGUAAUGCAAAGUUAUACACAGCAGAGAAUUUUACUGGGAACAUGUUCGCAUAAAGUGUUUAUAUCUGUAUAUGCCAUUUCAACAUCGACCAAAAAUGGCAUCUCUGUCUUAAAUUGUUUUUGUUAAAGGGAUGUUUGAAUUAUCUUACUUCACCACUCGGUAUUGCCAAUAUGUUCUCAUUGUGCUUUCAUCCGAUUGCUUAUAGCAGGGGUGGGCAAGCUUUUUCCAUCAAGGGCCAUCCACCCAUCCAUCCAUCCAUCCAUCCAUCCAUCCAUCCAUCCAUCCAUCCAUCCAUCCAUCCAUCCAUCCAUCCAUCUUCUUAUGUUUAUCCAAAAUCAAGUCGCAGGGGCAGCAGCCUAAGCAGGGAAGUCCAGACUUCCCUCUCCCCGCUACUUCGUCCAGCUCCUGCGGGCAGAUCCCAGUGCGUUCCCAGACCAGUCGAGAGACAUAGUCUCUCCAAGGUGUCCUGGGUCUUCCCCGGGGCACGUUGUGCCAAAAACAGGAAACGGAAAAUCAAAAUAAGUGCACAAAAUAGCAAAUGAUAUGAAAAUUAAAGAAACCCAAAACUAAGGACCAACCUGUCACAUGCAACAUGACAUAAAGCACUGGUUAUGCGAGGGGAGAAAAAGGCGUCUUCCUUCAAUACUUCAAUACUAAUCUAAUAUCACAUCUCAGAAAGAAUCACUCAGAAUCACAUGCAGUGUUUUGCACUUUUUCUAUAACUUGUAUUGCAUAUUGCUGUGUUUGUCUUAUUUAACACAAACUGUGUUUACUGUAGUUUGCGGGUAGAGCUGCUGCAGAUAUUGUUUUUUUUAUAUCGGUAUCGAUAACAACGAGCUGGACAAUAUAAAAUAUCUGAUAUUGGUAAGAAAGCCAAUAUCGACCAUCGUGAGCUAAAAUCAAUAAUAUGUUAAGAAGUUAGAGUAAUCCCUCGUUUAUUGUGGUUAAUUGAUUGAUAAAUGAAUUUCCAAAGAAGGAUUCCUUAUUUUUAAAUGGAAUAUUUUUGUAGUUAGAGCAUAAAAAAUCUGUUUACAACCUUCUAAAUAUGGUUGUUAACAUUAUUAGAUCCCUCUGGACAUUAACUAACACCCCUAUAGUCACCUUUACACUGGUAUUACCCAAUAUAGUAGACAUAAUAAGAGUAAAUAAGACAUUUAAGACAUAAAUAAGACUCUUGCUGUGUGUGUUGCUAUAAAUUCUUUCCUAGGGGAGCGAAGUGGCGGAUGGACAGGAAGUGACAUUGGGGGUUCAGAGUUGAGUUUUAGCUUGGCUUUGAUUACUGCAGCAACAGUAGUCCAUGGUUUUAUUAGGGAUUAUUGUUCCUGUUGUGAGAUAAUUCCGACCUUCAAUAAAAGCCUGAUGUCAGCACUGGUGU